CAUCUAGCCAAGAUGUCGCCGCUCUCAAAGUGUUUGAGGUCAAGCUGGAGAGUUCAUGUCUGUUUUUCACGGCGACAUUCAUCACUCAUAACGCCUCCCAGAGGGCAGCAGGUGGAACAGGUCAGAGCCGGGGUGUGAACUGUCCUUGAUGAUGUUCUGGGCCCUAAAGAUGUUCUGGGCCCUAGUGAUGCAGCAUGUGGAGUAGAUGUCAGUCAGGGUGGGAAGAGGGCGUCCAAUGAUCUCCUGAGUCGUCUCUACGACUCUCUGCAGUCUCUCCUUAUCCGCCACGGUGCAGCUGCAGAACAGUUUGGUUCUGUGAGCAGAUCUGGAUGGAUGAUGGUAGAAGGUCGGCAGCAGGUCGGUGCUGAUGUUGUUCUUCCUGAGGAAGUGCAGACGCUGCUGAGCCUUUUUGCUGUUGGCUGUCCAGGAGAAGUCGGCCGAGAUGAUGAUGCCGGGGAACCUGUUGGUGUGGACCCUCUCCACGUCCUCCCCGUUGAAAUGGAGGGGGGCUGGGUCGGCGCCAUGCUUCCUGAAGUCGACGAUGAUCUCCCUGGUUUUGCUGGUGUUUGUGAGGAAGUUGUUAAUCCAAUUGCAUGGGGGGGGGGGGCAAGAGUAAGCAGUUUGUCGCAAAGUCUGUCCUUGUGUUGAAGGCAGAACUGUAAUCCACAAAGAGCCUCCAGACGUAGCUCCGCUGCUGCUCCAGGUGGUUCAGCGUGGAGUGGACAGCCACGGCUACGGCGUCCUCUGUGGAUCUGUUUUUGCGCUGACUUGAUGGAAAACAUGGAUAAGAGGUCAGCUUGGGACCGCUUCUACACGGAGAGCAGCAGCACGACUUCCUCCUUCAAAAACUUUGAGUGGUUCUUCGGUUUUGACUCUGUUCGGGACUUCCUCAUGCCUCUGUUGCGGUCCAGUUCCCAUCCGGACUCUCCGGUCCAGGUCUUGGAUAUGGGUUGUGGCACGUCUGCAUUGGGGCCCUCCAUCUACAGACACUCUCCCGUCUCCGUCCACGUCACCUGUGCGGACAUCUCACCUGUGGCUGUGCAGCUGAUGCAGGAAAAGACUCGACUAGAAGCGGUCCGGCCCAGCAACCCCUCUUCCCGGCUCCAGUUCGUAGAGCUGGACUGCACGCAGCUGGACAGGCGUUACAGUCCCAACAGUCUGGACCUGAUCGUGGACAAAGGCACCACCGAUGCUCUGUUGAGGUCCAAAGAGGGGAAGGGGAAGGCGGUCCUGGUGCUCCAGCAGUGCUUCAGGGCGCUGCAGGGUUCGGGGUCUCUGCUGCAGUUCUCAGACGAGGAUCCAGACGCCAGACUGUUGUGGCUGGAGUCAGCAGCCCUGCAUCACGAUGUUGGGGUUCAGGAGGUCGGGCAGCUCAGGGGAGUGUGCUACUUCUGCUACCAAGUCACGCCCCGCACUCCUGCAAAGUGUUAACUUGUAGUACAGAUAAAUAAAACUCAAACUUUGUAUUUUC